UCGGUUGAGUCGAAAGGGCGGCAACAAGGCGACGUCCAGGAAGUGAAUUUUGAGUUUGCCAGGACGAUGCCAGUCGUAAACCAGUUUUAACGCAGUUCUCUUUUACCGUUAAUCAAACACCGCAGCGAGAAUGCAGCCGGUACGAAGUCGUCGAAGCAAAGAUUUACCCUCCACAAAAAAAACGAGCAGUCCUGGUGGUUCCAAGGAAAAGGGGCCUCAGCAGGGGAGGCCGCAUUUCCACUUUGACCUGUGGUUCUGUCUGACUCUGCAGAACUGGAUACUGGACUUCGGAAGACCGAUUGCCAUGAUUAUCCUUCCUCUGGAGUGGUUUCCCCUGAACAAGCCCAGCGCUGGAGACUAUUUCCACAUGGCCUACAAUGUCAUAACACCAUUCCUAAUGCUCAAGCUGAUCGAGCGCAGUCCCAGGGCGCCGCCUCGCUCGGCGGUUUACCUCUGCAUCAUCACCUUUGUGAUGGGGGCCAGCAUCCACCUGGUGGGAGACUCCAUCAACCAUCGGCUCAUCCUGAGCGGCUACCAGCUCCACCUGUCAGUCAGAGAGAACCCCAUCAUCAAAGACCUCAAACCUGCCUCACUGAUCGACUCCUUUGAGCUGCUGUAUUAUUAUGAUGAACAGCUGGGACACUUGAUGUGGUAUAUUCCUUUCUUUGUCAUCCUGUUCAUCUACUUCACCGGCUGCUUCACCAAGUCCGAAGAGCAGAAGAGGCUGCCGGCCUCUGGCUGUGUGCUGCUGGGACCCAGCGCACUCUACUAUUGGUACCUGGUCACUGAAGGACAAAUCACCGAACUCUUCCUCCUCACCUUCCUAGCCAUGGUUGUCACGGUGAUCCAUCAACACCGCCGAGGCCGCAGUCCCGACAGCAACGGCCUCUUCCUGUUCUGCAGUUUCACUGUCACUUUGCUCCUGGUCGCACUGUGGGUGGUCCACCUGUGGAACGAUCCGGUGUUACGCAACAAGUACCCCGGGCUCAUUUAUGUGCCGGAACCGUGGUCCUACUACACCUUGCAUAUCAAGCAGAACCACUAAGUGACCUCGGCCCGGCUGACUUCCUGUGUCGGAGGUGGCUGCCGCACUCGUUCCAGCGAUGACGAGUGAUGAAGGUUGUUGAUGUGCAAACCAACCUCACUGUGAAACACUGCGUCCCGCUGGCUUCAGCCAUCGUUUCAGAGAGGGAUUUCUCUCCGUUUUGUUUGAUAUCGUCACAGAGCCUUUAACAGGCGGAAAUCGGUCUGUUCUUUAGAACAUCUUGGAUUAAUACAGAUAAGGCAAAAAAUGCUUAAGCAAAGAUGUAGCAAACAAAUUUAGGACCCUUGGACGCUUGCGUCCUACGUAUUAAAAAAAACAAAAAAGGCAGGUUUGUUGUCUUUUUGUAAAAACACAAAACCAGCACCAACUGUCCUUAGCAUUAACAAAAGAAAAUCUAUAGUACACCCACUGGGUCAUAAGCUUUUGUGAACAAACUAAAAAGAUUAAAAUAAAGGAGGAAAGAGAAUGAGAAAGUAACACGAGCGUGGUAUUACUCUGUGAACAACACGCCCAGUUGGUAAACCAGAAAGAACGUGAUUUAAAAGCAUUGUACUUAGUAGAAAACUAAAACUUAAAAGAAUGAUAAAUCGUCUCAGGUAUUUUUCAGGUUCAGGCUUUUAAAGAUUAAGUUACAUUUAUAUUGUGAGACAUGAGAGCAAGUGAACUAUUACAUUUCCUGAUGUGGUCAUAGCGGGAUGUUAUAAUCUAGCCAUACAGCCAACAUGCACUGAGUGAUGAUAAAAUGGUUCUUUCAUGUCAUUGUUCUUGACAUUAUGUUUGUCAGCUACGUGCAAUGUGUUCACAAUUCACCAGUUUCAUUUACGGAUACUUUGUUCUUUACAUGUUCAGUUAUUGUUCUUAGUGUAAAAGUUUGUUGCUUGUAAAAAAGCUUAAUGGUUCCUCAUUGGUUCAAUUUAUGUUUAUCUUAAUGUAAAAUGUUGAAUUAUUGCUGUUUUUUUUAGAUGUGUCUCUUAACGGUACCUUAUUGGACGAGGAAUGUGCUUUAAAAUCAAUCAUCUUAAAAGGACAAAUGAAAUAAAAAAAGCUCAUAAUUCCUUUCACAUUGAUUGAACACCACUAGUAGCCCACGCCCCCUAACCACGGGGGGGGGGGAAGUUACGAUGCUCGCCAGCAGGUGAAAGACACACCUGGAUUUGCUCUCACUUUGGGAGCAGAUUUGUAUAUUUAAUGUUUUCCCCUCACUUGGCCAAAUUUGCGCUUUUAUUAU